UUACGGACUAUUUGAUUCGUUGCAAUAAAAGGAGGAACAUAAUAGCCUACUGAUUUUCUUCACUUGCCUACCUGCAGUUAUAUUGCAGGUGUGUUACCGUCAGUUAGUUUAUUCGAAAGUCUUAUUUAUCAUAUUCAAAACAUUUACGAGUCAGUUGUGUGAUUUUAAUUUAUUUAAAUUAUCAGUGUCCACAAAUUCUCAAAAGGAACACUGGAGAAUAGCCUCGAGCCAUUCUUGUAUUGGCAUGGCAAAUUACAUUAUUAAACUCCAAAUGCAAAACGACAUUUGGAUACUUUCGUGGAGAAGGAGACUGUGCCUAGGCUAUAGAAAACAUAAAUUGAAUUCGCAUUUGAAUCACUGCUAUGUUUUGAGACGACAAACACCUGAGGCUGAUUCCAGGAUAUUUGAUCCGUGUUCAUGCGGAGGACCAUGACCAUGAACGGUCACCAGACUCAAACCACAGUGCCACUGGAUUUGCGCACCACAAAGAGGGAGUGUGGGAACGGUGCCGACUGGACUCCCACCAGCAAAGGUCUCUCCGUUCGGGUGAGAGUGCCGUAUCCCACUGCCCCACUCACGGAGGAUGACUGUCCAAACGGAAAUCCCAGCCCUACUGUGGAGCCGCUGGCUCAUCGUUGUGGAUCAUCGUUGAUAAAACCUCCUGUGAACACGGGAAACCCGGCAGUUCUGGAGAAAAAACACUCCCCAGCUGUAACUUCUCACACGCCAUUCACUCCGAACCCUGGUGAGCGCAGCACAACAGACACACGAACACAGGACAUAUCUUCCUCGAGGCUUCCUUUUAGGAAACGUCAAUUUCCUACCGAAUGGGAGACGCCGGAACAGUCACGUACCCCACCGGAGAGAGAGGAGCGCUUAUCCCCCUACAAAGACUUGUGCUGCAGACCGAGUCCUCCAAAUAUUUUUUUACAGAGCUACGACAAUGAGAAUAUUGGUUCCCUGGCAUCCGUCUCACACAGACAAUUGUCCGUCGCCAGCGGUUUUGACAAUGGACACCAAAGCGUCGGUCCGGUUCGUUCAAUGCAAGCACCCCGUCCUUACUAUCCCUAUCCAGGGUACCCAUUCUACUCCUGGCCCAGCAGGUCACCGCUGGUUGUGAACGUGCCUGUCUCUCACCUCCAGUCCUCUCUUUACCCGACGGGACACACCGAACACCUGCUGGCAGAUGUUGCCCAGGCGACGUGCCAAGAUGACGACGGCGACACGUAUGUUUGUUUUUGA